AUGUCGGAAAAUGUUGUAUUACAAUUGGAUGAAGAUUGGAGUGGUAUGAAGAGUAAUUGUUUACUGGACAAGUUACAAGCUCGCUUCCUACUUCAAGCUAAGAGUAUGAAAAAGUAUCUGGAGCAUAUUGAUGAAUUCUUUGCAUCUGAAUCAAACAAAUUCCCAAUAGAAUUCUACGAUGAUAGGCAAGUCUUGAUGAGAGCCUUUGAGGAGGGACAUACAAUCUUUCCUGAAUUCCUUAAUGAUUCAUUGAAGAAGGAUCGAGAAUUGGUCUUACAUGCUGCUAAGGUUGGUCCUGUAUUUGACUGGGCAAGCUCGGAGUUUCUCAAAGAUUUUGAAAUUGUCUUGGAGAUGGUCAAGUAUGAUACCAAAGUUGCAGAUCAUUUGCCAGCAAGUAUUAUUAAGGAUAGAGAGAAGGUUAAGAUGUUAGUGCAGGCAAAUGGUGAAAUAUUGGACUCAUUAAGCAUGUUUGACAGCGAUAGAGAAAUUGGAUUGUUAUCUGUGAGGAGUGGAGGAUCAAUUCCUCUUGCCUUUCUUCGUGAUAAAGAGUUUGUAAAAGAGUAUCUUCUGAGGCAUCCUAGAGAGGCCAGAGAUGUUAAAGAUAAGGAUCUAGCCAUAGAAAUAGUGAAGGCGUUUCCUCAUGUUCUACCUUAUUUACCAACAAAUUUGCAACGUGAUAGAGAUGUAGUUUAUGAAGCAAUCAAGAUCAAUGGUUCGUUGUUGAAUCAAAUCAGUACUGAUAAAUUUAAGCAAGAUAGGGAAUUGCUGUUAGCAGCUUGUAAGACUGGCUACUCAAUUGAUUCACAAAUGGUAAAGCAAUUUUAUAAUGACAGAGAGAUUUUAAUUGCUUCUCUUGAAUCAAAUCCAUAUUUCAUUAAUUGUUUAAGUAAGGAGUUACAAGGAGACAAGGAAUUUCUCAAAAAAAGUUUGGUAACCCUGGGCACUCUUCCAUUCAAUAAUUUACCUGAUAAUCUAUGCAAUGAUAAGGAUUUUAUGAGGGAGUUGAUUAAUCUCAAUCCGAUAACGUACGAACUUUUAUCAGAAGAAUUGAGAAGUGAUAGAGAACUGGCAGUUUUAGCCCUGAAAAAGAGGGGAGAAUUGCUUGAAUUUGUCAAAUGA